AAACGACAAAAACAUUGCCAUAAAUUGCGCUGUCGAGGCCACGUGUCGCCAUCUCCUUCAUUGCCCAUCACCUCAAAAGCAUCGGAGCCCCACAUUUUCCUUCUCCGUCACCACACACACUCUCCCUCUCCACCAACUAAAAUAUCGGAGCAGAAAAAGUUCGUACAUCGUCACAAUAAACACACACUGUACACACACUCAUCUUGUUCGCUAUUCAAAUUCCAAACAAGGUCGGAUAACAUUGAUUUUCUGCAAAAAUGACGGACGUUACGGAUGAGAUUGCAGAGGAGAUUUCGUUUCAGGGGUUUGAAGAUGACUGCAGGUUGCUGGGGAAUCUGCUCAAUGAUGUUCUUCAGAGAGAGGUCGGGCCUGAGUUCAUGGAGAAGCUUGAGAAGACCCGAGUCCUAGCUCAGAGUGCAUGCAACAUGAGAAAUGCAGGAAUUGAGGACACUGCUGAGCUUCUCGAGAAGCAACUAGCUGCCGAGUUGUCUAAAAUGACUCUCGAGGAAGCCCUCACGCUUGCUCGGGCUUUCAGUCAUUAUCUGAACCUGACAGGGAUUGCUGAAACUCAUCACAGAGUAACUAAGGCUAGAAGUGCUAGAAAGAUAUCAAAAUCUUGUGAUGAUACUUUAAAUCAGCUCAUUCAGAGUGGUAUUUCUCCUGAUGAGCUUUAUGAUACAGUCUGCAAGCAGGUGGUUGAAAUUGUUCUCACAGCACACCCCACGCAAAUCAAUCGGCGAACAUUGCAAUACAAGCAUAUAAGAAUUGCUCAUCUUUUAGAAUACAAUGAUCGUCCUGACCUCGGAGAUGAAGAUCGUGAGAUGUUGAUAGAAGAUCUGGUUAGAGAGCUUGCCUCGAUAUGGCAAACUGAUGAGCUCAGGCGGCAUAAGCCUACUCCAGUUGAUGAAGCCAGGGCUGGAUUGAAUAUUGUGGAGCAAUCACUUUGGCGAGCUUUACCUCAUUACUUGCGUCGACUUAGCAAUGCUCUUAAGAAGCAUACUGGAAAACCUCUACCUUUGACAUGCACUCCAAUAAAAUUUGGAUCGUGGAUGGGAGGUGAUCGAGAUGGAAACCCAAAUGUGACAGCAAAGGUCACAAAGGAUGUCUCCCUUUUGUCUAGGUGGAUGGCUAUUGAUCUGUACAUUCGUGAAGUUGAUAACCUUAGAUUUGAACUCUCCAUGAACCGAUGUGAUGCGAAGUUAUCCCAACUGGCACAACAAAUUAUAGAAAUAGAAAAAUUUUCAGAAGAUAGGCAUGGCAGUUGGAGUCAACAAUCAGAAAGGGCCCAGUUUAAGAAUUAUGGCAUUCAUUCUUCACCUCUUCCAACACAGCUGCCAGCUGGAGCCGAUCGUCCUUCCUGUGCAGACCACAAUGACGUGAACUCCCGCUAUCCUCGACUGGAUCUUCCCGGAACAGAAUUUAUGCCAUUAAAUCGAGAGGACAGUCGGGAGUCUUUGGUUCGCAAAGAUUCUUCAAAUGAUGUUAGUAAACUCACCAUAAAAACACAUGGAAAUGGCAAUGUUAACGGUUUUGGAAGUUCCCAGUCAGUUGUGACCCCACGAGGAUCGUCUUUGAGCUCGGGUCAACUUCCUGCUCAGAGGAGGUUGUUCGUCGAGUCUCAGAUUGGAAGGACCAGUUUCAAGAGGCUUCUAGAACCAAGUUCUUCUCAAAUACCUGGAAUAGCUCCUUACAGAGUUGUUUUGGGUGAUGUAAAAGAAAAGCUUAUGAGGACCCGAAAAAGGCUGGAGCUUCUUCUCGAGGACCUUUCUUGUGAAUAUGACCAUGGGGAUUAUUAUGAAACAUCAGAGCAGCUUAUGGAACCUCUUUUAUUGUGCUAUGACUCACUGCACUCUUGUGGUUCUGGGAUCUUAGCCGAUGGCCGGCUGACUGACCUAAUCAGGCGUGUUUCUACUUUCGGAAUGGUUCUGAUGAAGCUUGACCUUCGUCAGGAAUCCGGUCGACAUGCAGAAACACUCGAUGCCAUAACCAAUUAUCUGGAUAUGGGUACCUAUAGUGAGUGGAAUGAAGAUAAGAAACUUGAUUUUCUGACAAGAGAGCUCAAAGGGAAGAGGCCACUAAUACCUCCGAACAUUGAGGUUUCCCCUGAUGUUAAAGAAGUAUUAGAUACCUUCAGAGUUGCUGCUGAGCUAGGAAGUGAUUCACUUGGAGCAUAUGUGAUUUCCAUGGCCUCCAAUGCAAGCGAUGUUCUUGCUGUCGAGCUCUUGCAGAAGGAUGCUCGUCUGGCUGUUGCUGGUGAACUUGGCAAACCAUGUCCUGGUGGAACCCUACGCGUAGUUCCUCUGUUUGAGACUGUGAAGGACUUAAGAGAAGCUGGUUCGGUCCUCAGAAAGUUGCUAUCGAUUGAUUGGUACCUUCAACAUGUCAUCAAGAACCACAACGGGCAUCAGGAGGUUAUGGUUGGAUAUUCCGACUCUGGAAAAGAUGCUGGCCGUUUUACCGCCGCAUGGGAGCUCUACAAAGCUCAAGAGGCUGUUGUGGCCGCAUGCAACGAGUAUGGCAUAAAGACUACUCUUUUCCAUGGGCGUGGAGGAAGUAUCGGCCGUGGUGGCGGCCCCACAUAUCUUGCUAUUCAAUCCCAGCCUCCGGGCUCGGUUAUGGGAACCCUCCGCUCAACCGAGCAAGGCGAGAUGGUACAAGCCAAGUUCGGCCUCCCGCAAAUGGCCGUCCGCCAGCUGGAAAUCUACUCGACAGCCGUUCUCCUCGCCACCUUACGACCCCCACAACCCCCUAAAGAACAGAAAUGGCGCCACCUCAUGGACCAAAUCUCCCACAUCAGCUGCGCCACGUACCGCAGCACAGUCUACGAAAACCCCGAAUUCUUAGCCUACUUUCACGAGGCCACCCCACAAGCCGAGCUCGGCUGCCUCAACAUCGGCAGCCGACCCACUCGCCGCAAGGCAUCAACGGGCAUCGGUCACCUGCGCGCCAUCCCAUGGGUCUUCGCGUGGACCCAAACCCGUUUUGUCCUGCCAGCCUGGCUAGGUGUCGGUGCCGGGCUCGAGGGUAUUUGCGAAAAGGGGUUUUUGGAGGAUUUACGCGCAAUGUACAGAGAGUGGCCGUUUUUCCAGUCGACUGUGGAUUUAAUCGAGAUGGUGAUUGGGAAAGCGGAGAUACCGAUUGCGAAGCAUUAUGACGAGGUUUUGGUGUCGGAAGAGAGGCAGGGUUUGGGAGCAGAGCUGAGAGAAGAGCUGGUGACUACUGAGAGGUUUGUGAAGCUUGUGACGGGGCAUGAGAAGAUAUCAGAGAAUAAUAGGAGCUUGAGGAGGCUGAUCGAGAGCAGGUUGUCGUAUUUGAAUCCGAUGAAUAUGUUGCAGGUGGAGAUAUUGAAGAGGCUGAGAGGGGAUGAUGAUAAUAAUAAGUUGAGGGAUGCGUUGUUGAUUACCAUUAAUGGGAUUGCGGCUGGCAUGAGGAAUACGGGAUGAGAGGGAGCUGUGGAGGUUUUGCAUUGUUGAUAAGAUACUUGAGAUAUUUAUUAAGGUUUGCAUUGUUGUUGCUGCAGAAAGUUGGUCUCUUGCUAGAGAUGAACACUUUUAUUAAGCUCGUUAGUUUGAGAUUUUUAAUGACAUUUUAUGACUUUUUAUUAGAUUUGAGACUUUUAAGAUUUUUUUUGGAUGUAAGGGAAAUCCUCCGAAAUAUGAGGUGGGAUUUUGUAUGUUGUUUUUUUCUUUUGAAUUUUCAUCAAAUCUUAAAAAGUCCAAAUUCUUAUAAUCAAAAGUUAAAUACAUUUGCA